AUGACCCGGGUCUACGUGUAUACGGCGGGUCUCGUGGCCUUUGUUGCCGUCACCGCCAUGAUCAUCGCCUCCGUCUCCGAGCCCCAUUGGGUUUCGUACUCGGUGACAACGACCAAAGGCGAGACGUUGGAAAAGUACAUUGGGCUGCACAAGAGCUGCUCCAGCCUGGACGACCCCCACUGCCGCGAUUUCCCGUCCACGGAGCUGUGUCAGUACGGCGAGCGGUACUUCUGCUCCAUGUGGCGGACGGUGGGCUUCAUGGCCUCGUUUGUCAUUGUUCUGUGCCUGGCCAGUCUGAUAGCUUUUGCGCUCGUCAUGGGCGGCGGGAAGUACAGGCGCGAGUCGGGCUGGCCGUUUGUCGCUGCUCUGCUGACGCUCGUCUCCGUUGUCGAGUUCAUCAUCAUUUCCAUUGUGGCAUACUUGUACGACCAUGAUGAUCAGUUUACCGUUCCGGGCUGGAACCUGGAUGUUUCGUGGUAUCUUGGCACGGUUAGCGCUGCGCUUUCUUUGGUCACUGCCGGUGGCCUGGCUGCAUCUGCCUAUCUGCUGCCACCGGAGGAAGGCUACGAGUUUCUCAACGACCCGGUUAACGCUUGA